ACUGAACAGAUCGGGAUGCUGUAUCCUGUCAUCGCUGAAAACAUUUUCAGUAUCUUUCUAUUCUUGUAUUCUUUAAGGAGAUUUUGUUUCAGUUGAUUAGUGAUACAGUUUUCCGGACGUAAAGUUAUUUUUGAGUGCGCUCUUGUGUGAAAAAAGUGCUCUGGGUUGGUUCGUGGUGGCCGCUGUUAAUUUUGAUUAUUAAUCAAUAGGUACUACUGGGAUGCUAACAAACAACAGAUCGGCCAGAGUACCAAAAUGUGCCCGAUGUAGAAAUCAUGGAAUGAUAUCGACACUUAGAGGCCACAAGAAACAGUGUAUCUACAAGAAUUGCAACUGUGCUAAAUGCGGAUUAAUCAAAGAGAGGCAAAGGAUUAUGGCUGCUCAGGUUGCGCUGAAACGACAACAAGCUGCUGAGGAUGCGAUUGCUCUUCAUCUAGCAUCUGCUGAAUGUGGAACGACCUACGACUAUUUGCCUCCUGGUAGAAUAUAUGGAAUGCAAGUGACCUCUCCAGAGACAGAGACCGCAGACGAGCCUCCGCCCCAGGAAAAGUCCGCACAAGAAAUCAGCAAAGACGAUAUCACUGUUAGUCCAGCUUCAAUAGAAAUGCUGGGCAAACUGUUUCCGAAUAAAAAGAGGGCUGUGUUGGAGUUGGUUUUGAAAAGGUGCAACCACGACCUACUGAAAGCCAUCGAACACUUCAACCUGAACAAGCACAAAUCGACGUUGUGCGGCAACGAAUCGGAUUCGAGCAGCACCAAAGAAGAAUCCGCAUCGGCUUUUAAGCCGGUGGCAAACACUUCGAAAGCUUCCACAAAACCUUCCAGCUACAUGGGAAUGCAUGCCGCAACCGUUCCAAUGAUUUCCAGCGAGGUCUUCAGUUUUUAUCCAUUUUUUCCAUUGUUUCCUAAGCCGGUCAUUCGAAAUCCGGUUUACGUGCCCGGAUUUUGCGAUUGCGAUCAAUGCAAACACAAUUUGUAUAGUCCAGUAGAUAAUAGGCCCUGAGCUUUUCAGACCAGAUAAUCUACACAUACCUGUAAGUGAAGUUGUACCAAAGAUUAUGUAUCCUAAUAUUAAAAUAUUUUAGAGUUC